GGAGUCAGUUCACAGAGCUUGGAACUCCUGUCCAGCUACACGCACGACAACGCCACCCGCUCGUGAUCGCGGCUCUCUUCUCUACAGACGCGUACGAUUUGAAGUUUACGCACAACAGGAACGGGAACGCGAACGGACGGUCGUGCUGCUCGACAGUUCGGAGUGAUGGAUACGCGUCACUGGAAAGAAAACGAUGAGACGCGACGGCGAUUCCCUUGAAAAUGUGUCCAAAGUAUACAGCUUAUACUGACAAACGGAUCGAGACGGCAGAUGGAAGGGUUUGACAGACCCUCGACCUAACCGUGUAAACAGACGCCUAUGGCAAUGAAUAUGGAUGGCAGCGUCUUCACAACAUAAUCAAAGGAUCUACAUGCGUUCUCUGACAAAUCCCGUCGGGACACGCGUGGCAUGAAAAGGGAGACCCGCGGGCAGGAAGCGCGGGAGUAGCGGAGGUCAGAGGUCGGAGGUCAGAGGUCGGCGAGGGCGCGCGGAUGGUGUUGGCGGGACGCGCGGGAGGCCUGCUGGUUUCGGCAGCGCGGAGCGCGGAGGACGGCUCUGCCCGGCCACGCCCGGGCGGGGCAGCAUGGUGAUGUCGCAGGGCACCUACACCUUCCUGGCGUGCUUCGCGGGUUUCUGGCUGGUGUGGGCCCUGGUCGUGAUGCUCUGCUGCUUCUGCAGCUCCCUGCAGCGGCGCCUCAAACGCAGGCGCCAGGCCCGGGUUCGGGAGCACUGCCUGCGCACGCUGGAGACCGAGCCCCUGGAGUGCCGCGGGUACCCCGCCAGGGACUACCCCGCCGGAGACUACCCCCCCAGAGACUAUCCCCACAGGGACUACCCCCUUGGAGAGUACCCCCCAAGAGACUACCGCCCCAGAGAGUAUACCACCGGAGAGUACCCCCCAAGAGACUACCCCCCCAGAGAGCCGCCCCCCCACUUCUGCCCCCCACACACCCUGCCCCCACACCUGCCCCCCAGCACCUGGACCAGCACUCAAGAAACGGAUGCUUUUGGACAGCCCCCCUGCUACGAGGAGGCCGUGCUGAUGGAGGACCCCCCCCCACCGUACAGCGAGGUCCUGGCUGACCCCAGGACUGGGACGUACACCAAGCCCGCGUCCGGGACGUCCCGCAAACAGGCGGACACAAAGACGAGCAAGGCGGGGCCGGAGGCGGGGCUGGAGGCGGGGCCGGAGGCGGGGCUUCCCGAGCGCCCGUUCUCCUCGCUGAUCCGCCUCCCCGUGGACGAGCACUGGGACUCGCUGGGGCGGCUGCUGUCCGCCAUGGACCUGAACCGAAACAACCUGCCCCCCGCCCCCAGCCACGCCCCCGCCCUCGCCCACGUGCACCUGCCCCGGGGGGGCCGGACGAACUCGGAGCUGCGGCUGGAGCACACCUGCACCCUCCCCACCGCCUUCCCCCUUUUCGGCAGGAGCACGGCCGUGUGAGCCCACGGGCGGGGCAGCAAGGGGCGGGGCAACAAAUGGGCGGGGCAACAAGGGGCGGGGCACCAGGACUGAGCCCCUUCCACCACCGUCUCUGAGGGAAAGCCCUUUUUCCCCCCUCUUAAAUUUGUCACCCACUUCCUACAGCAGAGGGAGGGUCGUGCUGUGGGGGGGGCGGGGGGCAGAAAUGGGCAUAGUUUAGGGGAAGUAGAAACUGCAGGGGCGGAGCCUCUUUGUUGCCAGGGCUACAACAGCCCCUCAUAAGGACAGCGACUGCAGCCUGACGAAGUGACGCCAUUUUGAGUUUGCUGGGGAACCGUUUCCAUGGCGCCAGGAGCACAUGACCCCAGACGCCCCCCUUCCCCCCACCUCUUCACAUCUUGUGCGCGUUUCUCUUGUCUGAUAGAAAUAUAGCACAGAAAUAAAACUGCAAUGCUGUCUUUGUAAACUGUAGUUAUAGCAAAAAAAGAAGUUAAAAUAAAGUGAAAUAUUCAAAUAUCUCCUAAA